CAGAAGAAAACGUUCGUGUGCGCCGUCUGUCGCCGCCUCUUCAGCACCAGCGGCCAUCUCGCCAGACACGCCCGCAUCCACACCGGGGAACGCAACCACAAGUGCCCGUUCCCGGGCUGCGAAACCCGCUGUUCGCGACAGGACAACCUUCAGCAACAGUACGUCAUACAU